GCUACACUGACACAUAAACAAGCUGCCAGCUUGGUUCUGUGGACCUUUGACAACAAACAUUAUCCCUGUCCACAGUGGUAAAUCACCAAUUUUAACGUGGACUAGAAGCUAAGUUUGAGGAGCAGGAUUCCAUUGAUGAAAAGUAAAAUGUAAUAGUCGAGCCCACUGAGAGUUGCCUGUGACCUGGUGUGAUACUUGCAUGCUGUAUGUCUCUUGAUAAACCAUCAAUCACCCACCUGCACCUCCUCUCACCUCUCGUGCAUGGCUCUCUUUUGACAUGAAUGUGCCAUGCCUUUCCUCGCAUGUUGUGCUGUGACUGAGGCAUCAUGGGGACAGAGCGGGAUAACCCUCUGACCAUCUCAUCCAAGAAACCCUGCCAGAGCCAGACGGGCCAUGGGCGAGAGCUUGAGAGGCUUCGUGCUGACUUGGAAGCGGAAAAGAGCCAAACGCAGCGGGCCCACAGACUCCUCUGUGUCGAGCUGAGGUGUCUGCGAGAAGAAGCAGAGAGGGAGCAGCGGAGGGUCGUGAGGGAGCUGUCGGCGAAGCGUGGGUACCAAAAGGACAGGCACUCAAAUAGAUGUGGGAGUUUGGCGGCUAAACAUGUGAAGAUCAAAGAUUUAAGACAUUACAGUUCAUGCAGCAGAGACCUGUCUACAAAGCUGGAGCUGUUGCUGCUGACUCUGUAUGACGAGAUAAAUGGUGAGCGGGAAGACUGUAGCUUGCAUCAUAGGCAGGAACUUGAGCUAGAAAAAGCCCUCUUUCUCUGCCACCUGCUAGAAAGUCACAGAAAACAGUUGGAGGAGAAACACCAAGCAGGACACCCUGACUACAAAAGUCUCACAAGAAAGCCCACUCAGAAGAACACCAGACAAGCUCAGAACACGGUGCCUCCAGGCUGGGAAGUGAGUGACGCUGACCCCAGCACCACUGCUGCAGCCGUGGACACCUGUCACAGCAGCUCUCCGAACAUUUGUCACCCUCACAACACUCCCCAUGCAGGCUGGGACGACCAGCCCCCCUGCAGCAGCAAGUCCUCUGGGUCAGAAGAGUCCACGCCCUCCAAAUGCAUGGACACCAACAUGGAGAACGGCACUGACUAUGGAUUGUUGGUCCGCCAAAACUCGGAACUGUUGCGAGCCCUUGAUGAGCUGGAGAAGACCUGCGCCACACUGAAGGAGGAAAAUGCCCUGCUGCGGAAGAGCAGCGCCCCGGAGACCGAGGAGAAGGUCAGGCGGCUGAGGAGAAAGAACACAGAGCUGGCUGUUCUUGCGAAGAGGCUGGAAGAAAGAGCUCGAAAACUGCAGGAGGCCAACCUCAAAGUGGUCAAUUCCCCAUCAUUGAUGAGACCCGGCUCGGUGGAACAGUACAAGAGGGCGUUUGCGCGGCAACGAGCUCGCGACCUUGCGCAGCAUGCUGAUACACUUCUGUCUAAGGACAAAGAGAUUGCUGCUCUACAGCAGGAGUGUAGAGAACUAGAGGCACGACUGGGCACCACUAAGGGCUCCCCGGCUCCCUCUGGCAGAGUGGAAUUUGAGAAGCUUCUGCGGGAGUCUCAGAGGGAGGUACUGCGUCUCCAGAGGCAACUGUCUGUCACAUCGUGCACACAGCAGCACCAGAACCAGAGGCCCGAGCCCAGCGGCUCAGAGAAGUGUAGGGAAACUGAGACGGAGGAGGUGGAGGAAAAGGCUGUAGGAGAGACCCCAUGUGUGGCAUUAGAUGAAGCUCCGUCCAGGUGUGAGAAGACUCCCAGCGAGGAGGAGGAGUCGGGGCUGCGAGUAACGCCCCCACCGGGCCUCAGCCCAACCCCCUCCCAUCCGGAGGAGCACAUCAAAGAGCAGCGCCUUGAGUUUCUGGAAAGUGAGCUGAGCAAGAAGAGAAAAGAAUGUGAAAACCUUGAGCAUGAAGUAAAGAAGCGACAGAGGAGAUGUCUGGAUUUGGAGAGCCAGCUUGAGGAUGAGCGAGGCAAAAAUGAGCAACUAAAGGAGGAGGCAGAUCUCCUCAGGAGGAAGGCACAGCUGCUCGACCAGACUCGGGCUGAGAAUGAGGAGCUGAGGGAAGAUCUCUCUGAAGUGACCGCUCAACACAAUACAGUUCUCGAGGAGAACCAGAGACUCCGUGCCAAACUGGAGAACCUAGAUCAGGUCCUUAAGCAUAUGCGAGAGGUCGCCGAGCGAAGGCAGCAGCUGGAACUGGAACAUGAGCAGGCACUGGCUAUCCUUAAGUUCAAGCAGGAUGAAAUCAAACGGUUACAGCGGGCUCAGUUAUUUGCCAAGAGGGAGCAUGAAGGAGUGGUUCAGAUGCUGGAGGAGUUGACUCAGCUUGUGUUGCGGAGGGAGCUGUCAAAGGUACGAGAACUGGAGGAGAAAUGUCGCAGCCAGAGUGAGCAGUUUGGCUUGCUGUCCCAAGAGCUGGAGAAGUUUCGACUACAGGCUUCAAAGGUGGACCUGGCCAGCUCUACCCUCCUCAACAAUCCCAGCCUCUCUGUUCUGACCAAUGGGGUGGGCCUGACCACAGAGCGAGACUGCACUGAUGGCUCAUGGGAUAUGGUGUCUCUGGGUGAAAUAGCCUUCUGGAGUCUCGAGGGAGGUGACACUCUCUCCUGCCCUGAGGGUAAUGAUCCGCUCGAUGUGGCAGCUGCGCUGCGAAUGGGGGCCACCCCCCACGCUGCGGGACUGUCCAGGUUGGAGCGCUCGCCCGUCACCAAGCAUCGUGAGUUGCCCACCAUCAGUGUUAGCAAGUCGGCCUCUUCCUCCAGCAAGUCAGAGACCACGCACCUCACCCCCAAGUCUGACGCGCACCUCAGUCCACACAAAUCCAGUCCAACACAUGAGGUGGACACUGCCAGUGAAGUAGAGGAGCUAGACAUUGAUGUGGCCCCGGCACCAUAUGUAGCCAGCAGAGGAGCAGCAAAGCUUCAGGUUUUCAUUGCAAGAUAUAGCUAUAAUCCUUAUGACGGCCCCAAUGACAACCCUGAAGUGGAGCUGCCACUUACUGCUGGGGAAUACAUCUAUGUGUAUGGAGACAUGGAUGAUGAUGGCUUCUAUGAAGGUGAGCUGAUGGAUGGACGGAGAGGGCUGGUCCCCUCUAACUUUGUGGAACGUGUAUCGGAUGACGAUGUCAUGAGCACUCACCCACCAGAGACAGGGGACAUGUCCCAUACCUCCCUGCUAGACAGCAGCCUGCACAGUGCCAGCCACCAGCAUCACCUCCACAUGAGUAUCGGUGCCUCAGAAAGGACACAGGCCACUGCUGCCUCAGCCCCUGUCUCAGCCCCCUCAGAUCCGGCAUCGGCCUUGGCUGUCCCAGCCCCCCUCACCAACGGCCUGGACUUGGAUUUGGAGGAGGUGGGAGUGGAUGUUGUGCCUUACCCACGUAAGCUCACCCUCAUCAAGCAGCUUGCCAAGAGCAUCAUCAUUGGCUGGGACCCUCCGCUGGUGCCAGCUGGGUGGGGCAACGUGUGGAGCUAUAAUGUGUACGUGGACCAGGAACUGCGGUUGAAUGUGCCCUUCGGUGCCCAGACCAAAGCAGUGCUGGAGCGGCUGGACAUAAACCUCAAGGCCUACCGUGUGUCAGUGCAGAGCCUGACAGAGAAGGGCGUGUCAGACCAGCUACGCUGCAGCAUGCUAGUCGGUCGGGAUGUUUGUGUGGCGCCCUCACAGCUGCGUGUAGAGAGGGUCACCGCCACUUCUGCCAACCUGAGCUGGCUGCCCAGCAACAGUAACUAUGUACACAUCGUGUCCUUGAACGAGGAGGAGUGUGAGCUGGUGAAGGCUGGCUGCUACUCACUGUGCCUCAAUGACCUCUUGCCCAGCUUGCAGUACACAGUCAAAGUGGAGGCACGACCACAUCGCACACCUUGGGAAUUACCUGUGGAGCGACGUGAACACAGAAGCACUACAAUCACCUUCACCACACUGAUGGCAGUUUCAUGCCCACACUCUGGGAACCAAGGUCCACCUGAUGCUCCUCUGGAUGUGCAGCUGGAGCAUGGCCCCUCUCCGGGGAUUGCCCUCAUCAGCUGGCUGCCCGUCACCAUAGAUGCUGCCGGGACCUCGAAUGGAGUCCGUGUCACUGGAUACACUAUAUAUGCUGAUAAGAAAAAGGUGCUGGAAGUGUCUUCCCCAACAGCUGGCAGUGCCCUGCUGGGACCCUCUCAGAUCCAGUCCCUGCAGGCAGCUCUGGAGCUCACUGUCCGCACCACGUCUGCUCACGGGGAGUCCUGUGACUCUUUCCCAGUCAAGGUGCCCUCCAAGUUGCCUGCCAUCAUGGCAGGCCCAGCUAUCACCUCCACAGCUGUGCCACUGCCAUCACCCUGUGCCCCAAUAGGCCCCAGUAACCUGCCCUCACCACCGUCCUACAUGAACUCUGCUGCCAAAAUCUCUAUGCUGCCCAGCACUUUGCCAUCACACGACGCACACAACUCUAGCCUCUCAAUGGAGGCCGCUGCCAACUCUCCUAAUGCCCUUCAAGCUGAAGACCCUCUCUCAUCUGCCUCAUAUGUGAAGGCCUGGGCCAACCCUUCAUCUGCUGCUGCCUUAGCUGUGUGUGAGACUACGUCACCAGUAGCCCACACCAUCACACCAGUGGUUAAUGUGAGCUCCCCCACCACCUCAGCACCUCUACCAUGUCCAUUAGCAGCACCUGCACCUGAACAAGUACCUGUCAUGGCAGCGGCGUCACCAGUGUUGGAGCAGCGCAGAGAUGUUGACAGCCCUGAACCUAUUCGUCCUUUCCCAUCCAUCACAGAGUUCAUUGAUGACCCUUGUGCCAAACUCGAGACUCCUGAGCCCUUCCCAUCCCCACCCAAUGUCCAGAUCACGGACCUUCUAAACCCUCAGUAUAAAAACUUCCUCCGACCCCACAGCAUCUCACCGCUGGAGUCUGAGGUAGAGGAUGAGCAAGAGAAUACCCGUCUGGUCUCCAUUGAUGACUUUUUGAGACAGGAGAAGGAGCCAGCAUCCAACAGGAGGCAGCAGAAUUAUGGCAGAGGGCUUGUGGAACCUACCAGUGACUACCUCGCAGACAACAGUCGGUCAGACCUGUCUGACAUCCUGGAGGAGGAGGAGGACGACGACUACUCUGACCACCUUGGAGAAGCACAGGCUAAAGGAUAUGCAGUUAGAGCAACCAGGUCAUACAAACUGGAGCCUCCAGACAGUGAUGAGGAGGUUCUUGAGAAGAUCCUUAAGUUGCCUCCUCAGGUUUACCACAACAAGCAGCUGUCCUGUAUUCCUGAGUUGACAGAAGAGGAGGACAGUGGUCAAGAAGAGCCAUUAAGGCACCGCACUCGUUCUCGGCACAAGUCUGGCCACCUCCACCCUGACCCCCCUCGACAACAUCACUCCAACCCACACCCACACGUUCCCCCUCACCAUCACCACUAUAAUAGGGAUCUCAGAUCUCUAACCAAAGAGCCUUUACUUAGAAACAAACCCUCACAGGUAAAGCCUAAGACGCAGCACAGGGUGCACUAUGCGGACACAGUGGACACCAUCACCUAUUCUGAAGAAGAGGAAAGUUUUUAUGAAGGUCCCACCAGCAAGCGGGUGUCAGCCCACUGUCCACCACAGCUUACCCCCAACAUCAGAGAUCGAGGGCUGCUCAAAGGGCUAGGGGACCGCCUUAGGAGGGAGGCCAUGCUGAGGAGUCAGAGGGCUGUUGCCUCAGCAGCCAACCUCAGCCACGCCCCCAUCCAGCCAACACCCAACCCAGUCAGCAAAACCGUACGGACUCUGAGGUCACCUGUUGGUCGUGCGGGAGAGAUUGACGUUGAGUACGGGACAGAUGAUAAUGACGAGCCUACAGAGUACAGUCCUGGGGAGGUGGGGAUGGAGCAGAUGAGCUCUGAGUGGUGGGUGGAGGGGGCUCAGGUGGAGCACCGCAGGCCUCAUCCUCGCCGAGCGCGGAAGGCUGAUACUCUGGCAAACAUCCCUGCCGGCCAGCCACAAAGGGAGCCCAGUCAGAUCCCUCAAGCUGAGGCCGGUCCAUCGUGGGGAAGCCAGGCUGAGCACACUCCUAAACCAAUGAGCUUGCAGGCCAGGCAUCUUAAAGGUGGGGUUGAUUCACCAAAGGUCAAAGGAGACAGUGACAUACGCAUCUUUGUGGCCCUCUUCUCUUAUGAUCCUGCCACCAUGUCACCUAAUCCUGAUGCUGCUGAGGAGGAGCUGCCCUUCAGCGAAGGACAGAUCAUCAAAGUUCAUGGCGAUAAAGACGCAGACGGGUUUUACCAAGGGGAGUCAGGCGGUCGCUUGGGAUAUGUGCCGUGUAACAUGGUGUCUGAGAUCCAGGUGGAGGACGAGGAGACCCGGCAGCAGCUGCUGCAGCAGGGCUUCUUAUCCACAGCGGCUUCCAUUGACAAGAUAGUUCAUAAAGGCACUCGCUCACACGCACAGCUACCACGUCGCCCUGUUCCACCACCGAAACCAAGGCGAUCCAAGAAAGUGGAGUCUGCAGCACUCUGGGAGGAGAGCGUAGACUCCUCCAUUCAAGAUUCAAGCAAGUCUGCUGCUGUGGCAGCUGUGGGGAAAGCAGCACCGGGCAAAGCAGUCCCGGGGAAGGCAGUCCCAGGGAAGGCAGCCCCAGGGAAGGCAGUCCCAGGGAAGGCAGUCCCAGGGAAAGCAGUCCCGGGAGCUCGCAGGAUGGUUGCCAUCUUUGAUUAUGACCCACGAGAGAGCUCCCCCAACACUGACAUAGAGGCUGAGCUGACCUUCAGUGCAGGAGACAUCAUCCAUGUGUAUGGUGACAUGGACGAAGAUGGCUUCUUCUACGGAGACUUGAACGGACAGAGAGGUUUGGUUCCGUCUAACUUCCUGCAGGCUUUACCAGAGGAAUCCACACCACAGCCAGUCUGUGCACAGUCUGCACCAACACCAGCACCCAGGAAAGACUCGCAGGGUUCAGUGACGUCUUCUCCUGAGCCACAACAUCCUGGACAUUCAACAACAGAAGAAUGUUUGCACGCUCAAACAGAACUUCCUCUCCCUGACCCAGCAGCGCACACAAACCUAACACCUAACCCGGCACCUUCUGCAAGCUCCACUUCAGAACCAGAACCAGCUGCAGGUCCAACUGUGACUGCAGCUGCAGCUGCGGUGGUGGCCUGCUGCUCUCCUCCACCUGAGAGCCCGACAACCACAGACUGCUCCCCACAAGGCAAGAAGAAGAAGGGCUUUUUCUCUAAAGGCAAGAAGCUGUUCAAAAAGCUAGGAUCCAGCAAGAAAGAGUGAGAAUCAUGCCGUCUGAGUCGGGACUCGCGCCACAUUGAAUGCACUUUUUUUCUAUCUUCACUGUUUGUCUCAGUCAGUAGUUGUCGCAGUUAGUUGAUAUCAGCACUAAUAACUGAUGCUCUAACUAUAAGUUUGCCUUAGAGCACCGCAAGACCAGCUGUUUAAUAUAGAGUUUCGAAUAUCGACCUACAGCUUACAGCAACACGAGCAUGUAGAGGCGCAUGACUCGCAAAUAUAUUCUCCAGAUACUUCCUAAUUAUCUAAGCAUUUGCAGAUUCUUCACUCAUCAGAGGCUUAAAAGGUUCUAUGUGUAACAUUUAGAGAACCCUGCUGGCUAUAAAGUGAACUGCAGGCUGCAUCCUGUCGCUCAAGAGCGUGUGCUCACACUUCGUUAUUAUAGUCAGGAGCGUUUAUCCUUGGCUUCAGCUAAAAUGGUGACAUGACAGAACCACCAUGAUGUUUAUAGAUUAGGUAACUUAAGUUAAACUUAAACACUAAAGUUUGACCCUC